UUGUCUUCAAUCCGGCCGAGCUCGGGGCAGGAGCAGGAGCUGCGAUUUCUCUCUCUCUCUCGGUUUGGCCUUAAAGGAGCGGCUACGGCAAGCGCCGAGGGUCACGCCAGGCCUGGAUGUCGAACGAAAGCAGAAUGGCCGCCAAGCGGAUCACGCAGGAAACGUUUGAUGAUGUGGUACAGGAGAACAUCCUUGAGUUUGGGAUGGAUCCAGACGAGGCAGUCACGGAAGCCGUUCAGCAAUUUGAAUCUCAAGGUGUCGAUUUGAGCAACAUAGUGAAGAUGGCCCCCAGCCCCUCCUCUGGGAACAGCCCAGAACAGAAACAUGCUGUUCUGCAGACUUUGGACGCGCUCCAGAAAGCCGUCAUCGACGGUGACGCUGGCCACGUGGAUGACCUCUUGGUGGCCUUUGCCCAGCAGUGCCGGCAGGAGCUGGCAGUCCGUUCCCUUGCAGCCCAAAAGGGUGCCUGUCCUGCGGUGUUGGCCGCCGGCCGCCUGGCCCUGGAGGACCGCUGCUCCCUCCUGAAGGCCCUCCAAGCGCUCUCGGCGCUCCUCAACGGGCAGCCAGACCUUCUCGAUGCCCCCGGGCAGGAGCUGGUGCUGCGGGCUUUGCGGGAGAGGUGCGAGGACCCCCAGGUGACCCUGGCUGGCGUCCGCUGCGUCCGGCAGGCCUGCCUGAAGCAUGAGCAGAACCGGCAGGACCUGGCGGAAGGGGGCGUCCUGGCCCUGCUGGCCGGGGCGAUUGUGCGCCAUGGGGACCGGGCCGAUGUGGUCCGGGAGGCCUGCGCCGGGCUGCGGGUCAUGACCUUCGACGACGACAUCCGGGCGCCAUUCGGCCACGCCCACGAACACGCCAGGAGGAUUGUGGUGGAGCAUCAUGGGCUGGGGAUCCUGAUUGAGGCCGCCAAAGCUUUCACGGAUGACUGCAGUGUCCUGAGCGAAAUCUGCGCCACCCUGGCCCGCCUGUCCGUCCGGAACGAGUUUUGCCAAGAUAUUGUGGACCUGGGAGGGUUGAACUUCAUUGUGGCACUCUUGGCCGACUGCAUUGAGCAUCAGGAGCUCGUGAAGCACGUGCUCAGCGCCAUCCGGGCCAUUGCGGGCAACGAUGACGUGAAAGACGCCAUCGUGAACGCGGGGGGAACCGACCUGAUCAUCUUGGCCAUGAGCCGCCAUCUUGGAAACCCUCAGGUGUGCGAGCAGAGCUGCGCCGCCCUGUGCAUGCUGGCGCUCCGGAAGCCGGAGAACUGCCGCGUCAUCAUGGAAGGCGGCGGGGCCUUGGUGGCGCUGCAGGCCAUGAAGACUCACCCGCGAGAAGGCGGUGUGCAGAAGCAGGCUUGCAUGCUGAUCCGCAACCUCGUGGCCCACAGCCAGGACUUCUCCCAGCCCAUCUUGGAGAUGGGGGCCGAGAGCCUGAUUGCGGAGGCCCGGGCGGCCCACCGGGACUGUGACGACGUGGCCAAGGCGGCCUUGCGGGACCUCGGCUGCAAGGUGGAGCUGCGGGAACUCUGGACCGGCCAGAAGGGGGGCCUGGCCCGCUGAGCGCUUCGAGCCCCUCGAUGCUGAGCGGCGUGUUUACAGACUUUGGAAGGAGGGGGGCUUUCAGGGGGUCAGGGGAGGGAGAGAGAGAGAGGUGCCAAUUUGAACACAUCCGGGCCGAAAGGAAAGGGGGCGGACGAUGAGGUUUGGUAGCCUCUCCUGUCCCGUGGGAAAGGGGACAUGGGCUGGUUUGCUACGGAGGAGAUGGGUUUUUCACCCUUGCCUUGCUAUGCAGGUGCCCCCCCCAGUUCAUUCCCCCUCUGCUUUCAGGCUAAGUCUUCCCUUCUUCCCUUGUUGCUGUGACUUCACGUGGGGGGGGGGGUUUUUCCCAAAAGCCGGUCUCAGCUAACAAACUGAGACAUGUUCCCCCCCUUGACCUGCGGCUGUCCUGAGGGUGGCCAGUCCAACCAUAGCGGCAAUGUCUUGAUGAUGGUAGGGGACCCCUAAAGACGGUGUGUUUGAUUCUGCGGGACGCUUUUCUCUUCCUGCUGGCUUUUCGGGGCUGUUUUGCUGCUCGAGUCUCCCCCCCCCCCUUUAAUGCUGAAGUUUCCUUUUGUGGAUGUCUCCCCUACUGGCGUCCUUGUGUCAUCACGUAUUGUUGUUG